UGUCGCGCUUCUCCCCCCUUCCAAGACGCCGGCUACAGAAUUAGAAUCCCCACACCAGCGCUGGUAUGACUUCAAAUCGGCUGCACUCGCGUCUUUCGUUGCGGUAUCAUGGAGUGGAUUCACAGGAUCCUCGUCUUUGCAACUUGCAUCAGCGAAGUGCAUGUGGUCAUGUAAGUCAAUGGCGGGCGACUCUCAGCCCACUUUCUGAAAAGUAUAACUAUCAUCAUUGAACUCCCCUUUCGACUUUCCUCUCCCAUUCAUAUUCUCUCACACAUCGAGUAAAUUAUCAUCGAGUCCUCGCUGCUCUACAAUUUACCAUUCACCAAGAGACAACUCCUCUAUUUACAAACAUGUCAACCUCCGCCUUUCUUGAUGGCGACUUGAUGUCGGCUGCAGCGCAACGCAAGGUUGCGCGCAGUGCUCGAAUUUCCAGCUGGGAUCAAUCCGGGCUGAACGAGGACGCCUUUAUCGUCCAACCAGGCGAGACUGCCAUUUUGUGUGAUAUUGAAGGCCCGGGCAAAAUUACUCACUUGUGGUUUGUUCAGGCCUGUCGCCGCAUUCUUGGUCCCGGACUGAUCCCAUACUCGAAAUCGGGCGUUGCCAUGAUGGAGAUCCACAAUGCUCUGGGUCUGAACUACGAAGACAAUGAUCCAGAUUAUUACCGAAAAAUUAUCAUCAAGAUGUACUGGGAUGACUCCGAGACGCCUAAUGUCAUAGCACCCAUCGGAGAUUUCUUCUGUUUGGGUCAUUCUAUGGCCGCCAAUUUCCAGUCUACGCCAUUUACCGUCAGUGUUAAGCCGUCGGAAGAGAAGAAAUUCGGUGGAAAUGCCGCGUUCAACUGCUAUGUCCCUAUGCCGUUCAACAAGCGUGCAAGAAUCGAGAUUGAAAACCAAGGCGAGAACGCCUACAUCCAAUACUUUUACAUCGACUACGAGCUUCGUCCAGCUCCGUUCAAUCCCUCAGAGAUCCUCUACUUUCACGCACACUGGCGACGAGAGAACCCAACGAAAGGGUGGGCUGCACAAAACACACAAACGAACAGCCUCGAAACCCAAGUGCCUAACUUGGACGGCAAAGGCAACUAUACCAUUCUCGAAACCGAAGGAGCAGGCGCCUUCAUCGGAUGUAAUCACUCUGUGCUGCAUUUCCAAGGGACGUGGUGGGGCGAGGGCGAUGACAUGAUCUUUAUCGAUGAUGACACUUGGCCCCCAAGCAUGCACGGCACCGGUGGUGAAGACUACUUUAGUCAGGGAUGGGGCAUGCAGAAGAAUGCGUUCCCAUUCGGCCGGAUGAGGAUAUGACCCUUCAACCUCGUGGAUCUCAUGAGUCUCUACCUCAUAAGUAGGCUUUAUCACAUCGUCGCCAUGGAGCUCUGCUUUCUCAUACUGUAAACCCGACUCAUUAUGCGUGAUAGUUGUUUUUUGACCCCUUUUCCGAAUGUAAAGAAGAAAGAUGAGGAUGAGCGCCAACACGGCAAUGGAACCGACGACUGGGCCAGCUAUCCAGGCUUUGCUCGUUGUUGAUGAAUGGGGUGUGUCGGGGUUAUCGUUGGGGAUACCAUCGGGGAUAUCGUCGGGGAUGCCAUCGAGGAUGUCAUCGAGGGUGUCGUCGAGGAUGUAGUCGAGGAGGAGGUGGUGGCGGUGGCGGUUGAUGCGCGCUCUGGCGGUGAAGAUGCUGAGCCUGUAGUUGAUACGGAUGCCGUUUCUGGAACGAUAUAAACAAUUGUCGUUAUUUUGCCAUCUGUCAUGGUGAGGGUGACCGUGGAAGUAGCAAGUGCUAAGUUGCAGUAACUAAGAACCUCUCCAAAUUGUGGGAGAGGGGAGCUUUCAUCCGAUUUAAAUCUAUUUUCCGCAAUACAUUUCGUGCAGGCGUUAUAACUUGUUAUGAAAGCAGAAUCCGGGCCGCAAAGUGCAGGCGACCUUACCAUGGUCUGGGCCACAAUACUAGCAUUAUCUAGCCAUUAUGUGAGAGAUAAUCGACAAUUUGAGACUGGGGACUCAUUGCAAAUAGCAUAGCAGACAGCUGGGGCGGUAACACCAUCAGCAGGGAGCCCACCAGCAGCGGGGUUCUGGAUAGUACCACCACCACUACCAGGGAGCUGGAUGGUAACAUCACCACUAAGAGGGCGCUUGGCGACAACAUCACCACUAUCAGGGAG